AUGAAACAAACGAACAAUCAAAAAAAAAAAAAAGAGACUCAACGACAAACAAUAGAAAAAAAAAAAAAAAGACUUAAUGACGAAACGAACGAACAAUUAAAAAAAAAAAGAGAGACUCAACGACAAACAAUAGAAAAAAAAAAAGAGACUCAAGCUUCAUACACGUUAACUUCAUAUUUACGAACAUAUAACCUUGCAUUCAUGAAUUAUACAGAUGAGGAUAAGGAUAUGUUCAUGAUUAAUCUAAGGAGAAACACAUUUACGUAUUAUAUAGAAAAUGCAUUCUCCAAUUGCAUGGACAGUGCGUUCCCCAGUUGCAUAGACAAUACAUUCACAAAUCUUAUGGAAAAUGCGUUCCCUAGUUGCAUAGACAAUGCAUUUCUCAGUUGUAUGAACAAUGCGUUUCCUAGUUGCAUGGACAAUACAUUCACGAAUCUUAUAGAAAAUACAAAUUUUAAGAAAAAUGCGUUUAUGAACUAUAUGAAAAUACGCUUACAAAUCAUACAUGAUUCACUUACAAGUCACCAAAGUGACACAUUCAUGGACGAUACGUUUACAAAUGUUACAACUCAAAUGAAUGUUUCUAAUACCAUAGUUGUUGAUAUGAACACUGAGAUUAACCAUAAUGAAUUGGAUAGUGAUUCUUGUGAAGUAAUUCAAGACACUACGAAUCGUAAUAAUACAGACGAUGAAAAUUCUUGUGAGUUACAUGAUUCAACAUCUUAUAAAAUUGCUGCCAUACUAUACUUAUGA